AGAGCACGCCAUGGGACCGGGCCUAAAGGAAAAGGACCGUAAACAUCUUGCCCCUCCUGCGGAGUGUCCACAGCAGCCAUUGUUUGAUGUCCUGUGACUAAGAAACCACGUUUUAAAACGUUAUUAUUAUGCCUUUGGAGAUGGAACCCAAAAUGAGCAAACUUGCCUUUGGGUGUCAGAGAAGUUCCACAUCAGAUGAUGACUCUGGCUGUGCCCUGGAGGAGUACGCCUGGGUCCCCCCGGGCCUGAGGCCAGAGCAGAUCCAGCUCUAUUUUGCUUGCUUACCAGAGGAAAAAGUUCCCUAUGUUAACAGCCCUGGAGAGAAACAUCGCAUUAAACAGCUUUUGUACCAGUUGCCACCGCAUGAUAAUGAGGUGAGGUAUUGCCAGUCUUUGAGUGAAGAGGAGAAAAAAGAAUUGCAAGUGUUCAGUGCUCAGCGGAAGAAAGAAGCACUUGGAAGAGGAACGAUUAAACUUCUGUCCAGAGCAGUCAUGCACGCUGUGUGUGAGCAGUGUGGCUUGAAGAUCAAUGGAGGUGAAGUUGCAGUGUUUGCCUCCCGAGCGGGCCCCGGCGUGUGCUGGCACCCAUCCUGUUUUGUCUGCUUCACGUGCAAUGAGCUGCUGGUUGACCUCAUCUAUUUUUAUCAGGAUGGAAAAAUUCACUGUGGCAGGCACCACGCGGAACUGCUCAAACCGCGGUGCUCGGCAUGUGAUGAGAUAAUUUUUGCGGAUGAGUGCACAGAAGCUGAGGGUCGCCAUUGGCACAUGAAACACUUCUGCUGCCUUGAGUGUGAAACAGUUUUGGGAGGACAGAGGUAUAUCAUGAAGGAUGGCCGUCCAUUCUGCUGUGGCUGUUUUGAGUCUCUCUACGCGGAGUACUGUGAAACCUGUGGAGAGCACAUAGGUGUCGACCAUGCGCAGAUGACCUAUGAUGGGCAGCACUGGCACGCCACAGAAGCGUGCUUUUCUUGUGCCCAGUGUAAAGCCUCUUUGUUGGGCUGCCCCUUUCUUCCCAAACAGGGUCAAAUUUAUUGCUCAAAAACAUGCAGCCUAGGUGAAGACAUCCAUGCCUCUGAUUCUUCUGACUCUGCAUUUCAGUCAGCUCGGUCGAGAGACUCCAGAAGAAGUGUCCGAAUGGGCAAAAGCAGUCGGUCAGCGGAUCAGUGUAGACAGUCUCUCCUUUUGUCCCCUGCUCUGAACUACAAGUUUCCUGGCCUCUCAGGCAAUGCAGAUGACACCCUUUCUCGGAAAUUGGAUGAUCUGAAUCUCUCCAGGCAAGGAGCAAGUUUUGUCAAUGAAGAAUUUUGGAAAGGCAGAGUAGAGCAUGAAGCCCCAGAAGAGCCUGAAGAAUGGGCUGAGCAUGAAGAUUACAUGACACAGCUCCUCCUCAAGUUUGGUGAUAAAAGUCUCUUUCAGCAACAGCCCAGUGAGAUGGAUAUUCGAGCCAACGAGCACUGGAUAUCUGAUAACAUGAUUAAAAAUAAGACUGAGUUGAAGCAAAAUAACCAGAGCCUUGCAAGUAAAAAAUACCAGUCUGAUAUGUAUUGGGCACAGUCACAAGAUGGACUGGGCGAUUCUGCUUAUGGCAGCCACCCAGGCCCUGCAAGCAGCAGAAGGCUCCAGGAACUGGAUCUGGACCACGGGGCUUCGGGAUAUAAUCACGAUCAGACACAGUGGUAUGAAGAUUCCCUGGAGUGUUUGUCAGACUUGAAGCCAGAGCAAAGUGUUAGGGAUUCGAUGGAUUCCUUGGCUUUGUCUAAUAUCACAGGGGCUUCAGUGGAUGGAGAAAGCAAGCCGAGGCCAUCUUUAUAUUCCCUGCAAAAUUUUGAGGAGAUGGAGACAGAAGAUUGUGAGAAAAUGAGCAAUAUGGGAACUUUAAACUCUUCCAUGCUGCACAGGAGUGCAGAGUCCUUAAAGAGUCUAAGUUCAGAGUUGUGUCCAGAAAAAAUCAUGCCUGAAGAGAAACCAGUACAUCUGCCAGUGCUCAGAAGAUCCAAGUCUCAGUCCAGACCACAGCAGGUCAAGUUUUCAGAUGAUGUCAUUGAUAAUGGGAACUAUGACAUUGAAAUCCGGCAGCCUCCAAUGAGCGAAAGGACUCGGAGACGGGUCUACCAUUUUGAAGAGAGGGGAUCCAGGCCUCAUCAUCAUCGCCGCAGAAGAAGUAGAAAGUCCCGCUCUGACAAUGCCCUGAAUCUUGUUACAGAAAGAAAAUACUCUCCCAAGGACAGACUGCGGCUCUACACCCCCGAUAACUAUGAGAAAUUCAUACAGAAUAAAAGUGCACGGGAGAUCCAAGCAUACAUCCAGAAUGCUGAUCUCUAUGGACAGUACGCCCACGCCACUUCCGAUUAUGCGCUGCAGAACCCGGGAAUGAGUAGAUUUCUGGGACUCUAUGGUGAGGACGAUGAUUCCUGGUGUUCCUCCUCUUCCUCCUCUUCUGACUCAGAAGAAGAAGGAUAUUUUCUGGGACAACCAAUCCCUCAACCCCGGCCACAGAGAUUCACCUACUAUACAGAUGACCUUUCUAGUCCAACUUCUGCACUUCCCACCCCUCAGUUUGGUCAGAGGACAACUAAACCCAAGAAGAAAAAGGGACACAAGGGCAAAAAUUGUAUUAUUUCUUAACUGAGUAGUGAUGGAGAUCAUUUGUUUAAAACUUAGCCAUUAACCAUCUGAGUCCUAUCUUUUUUCUUCUAUAGGAAGGUUAUGAAUAGUUAAGUGCUUUCUUUGCCCUUGUAAAUGAGAACCUAACUGCUGUUUACGUGUCAGAUUAACAUUUGAAAGGUGUGAUUUCUCCAGUUUACCCUCUUGGAUGGUGCCAGGUUGAUGGGACAUCUUGUGCCUAUCAGGUGCAUUACAGUUUUAUACUGCUGCUUCAGUCUCCAACCCUCAAGGGAAUACUCGAAGAUACUGUCUCAAGGUGAUUGGACGGGGGUAUUGAUUUUACAAGAUGGAGAACUCUAGCCGCCUUUGUAAAGCAAUAGUGUUUGUCAUUUAUGUAAGUCAGGACGGCUCAGGCCCUGAUCAGUCUGUCUUGGUAUGAGGCAUGCACGUCGUCACAAUGACCUAGCUGACACUGUGCAUCUUAGUGUGCAAGGCCAACUUGUCCCCUUCAGCCCUCUUUAGCCAGGUAAACAUUGUAUUGUAUUAGCGCCAGCUACAGAUUGAAAAAAAAUUGCUAUUUAUAAUGUAGUAUUUCACAGACGUAAGUGUAUUCCUAAUUUAACGGUGCAAAUAUUAAUGUAUAUACUGUACAGUUCAGAUUUUAAAGCUGAUAUUUUUAUACCCCUGAAUUGUAAAACGUUUGUUACGCUGCAGUGCUAGAUUUGCUAGGGAACCAGAAACAGCAUUUAUGGAUGAAAUGAUCGCUUGUAUUUUAGCCAGGGUUUGUAAGUUUAGAUGGUCAAAUUUAUAUUGCCUAGUGAUGGAAAGUUCAACAUUUUUGAUUUUUCAAUAUUAAAAAAAGCUCUGUAUGCAUGGUGGGGCUAUGUAAAUACUCUUUAAAACUAUGGCCCUAUUAAUCUUACGAGUGUUAUUUAUGGGUCAAGCAAUGUAAACUGUAUAAAUGUAAAAACAAACAAACAAAACACACAUAAUCCCUGGAAUACAUGGUAAAAACAAGUA